AUGGAGAGCAGGGCUCCAGGUCUCGCUCCGCAGAUCUGUGAUCUCAACUUGCCGAACUGCCCAGUGGGGUUAGGGCAGCUCUUUGUAGGUCGCCUGUCAGUCUGUGCCGAAAAGAGACUAUUGAGGCGCCUGGGUCGGGCCUUGCGGGGCGCCAGACUGCGCUACUUGCCGGUGUCUUGCCGCCAGGGGAAACCUGUGCUGUGCUGUCUGGGGACGCUAGGGCUCCGCAUCCUGGACAGCUUCACUUGGGAUUCUGAGGGAAUGAGCACUAAUGCCUCCCAUUUUACCUUUGGAAGCCAGCGAGAUCCUGGUGGUGAACAGUAUUUCGGGAAGUGUACCAACAUUCGACCAGGAGAGACUGGAAUGGAUGUAACAAGCCGCUGCACCCUUGGAGACCCCAACAAGCUGCCAGAAGGGGUUCCCCAACCCGCUCGCAUGCCCUAUAUCUCAGACAAGCACCCUCGGCAAACCUUGGAAGUGAUCAACCUACUGAGAAAGCACCGAGAGCUAUGUGAUGUGGUGCUAGUUGUAGGCGCUAAGAAGAUAUAUGCCCAUCGAGUCAUCUUGUCGGCCUGCAGUCCCUACUUCCGAGCAAUGUUUACAGGAGAACUGGCCGAAAGCCGCCAGACAGAAGUAGUGAUCCGAGACAUAGAUGAGAGGGCUAUGGAACUACUGAUUGACUUCGCAUAUACCUCCCAGAUAACUGUGGAAGAAGGCAAUGUUCAGACCCUCUUGCCUGCUGCUUGCCUCCUCCAGCUGGCAGAAAUACAGGAAGCCUGCUGUGAAUUCUUAAAGAGACAAUUAGACCCUUCUAAUUGCCUGGGCAUUCGGGCUUUUGCUGACACGCAUUCUUGCCGUGAGUUACUAAGGAUUGCAGACAAGUUCACACAACAUAACUUUCAAGAGUUACCCCAGGUGCUGCAGCAUGUUCGCCUGCCUUUGCUUAGUCCCAAGUUCCUGGUGGGCACCGUCGGCUCUGAUCCUCUCAUUAAAAGUGAUGAAGAAUGCAGAGACUUGGUAGAUGAGGCUAAAAACUACCUCCUAUUGCCUCAAGAACGACCACUAAUGCAAGGACCAAGGACAAGGCCACGGAAACCUAUCCGAUGUGGAGAAGUGCUCUUUGCAGUUGGUGGUUGGUGUAGUGGAGACGCCAUUUCCAGUGUUGAACGGUACGACCCACAGACCAAUGAGUGGCGAAUGGUAGCUUCCAUGAGUAAAAGGCGAUGUGGAGUUGGAGUCAGUGUUCUUGAUGACCUGUUGUAUGCAGUAGGCGGCCAUGAUGGAUCCUCCUAUCUCAAUAGUGUUGAAAGAUAUGACCCCAAAACAAACCAGUGGAGCAGUGAUGUGGCCCCUACAAGCACCUGCAGGACAAGCGUUGGUGUGGCAGUACUUGGAGGUUUUCUGUAUGCCGUGGGUGGACAGGAUGGUGUCUCUUGCCUCAAUAUUGUUGAGAGGUAUGAUCCAAAGGAGAACAAGUGGACUCGGGUGGCGUCUAUGAGUACUAGAAGACUAGGGGUUGCUGUGGCUGUGUUGGGAGGGUUCUUAUAUGCUGUAGGUGGCUCUGAUGGAACGUCUCCACUCAACACAGUGGAGCGCUACAAUCCUCAGGAAAACAGAUGGCACACCAUAGCCCCUAUGGGGACCCGAAGGAAACACCUAGGUUGUGCAGUGUAUCAGGACAUGAUCUAUGCUGUAGGAGGGAGAGACGACACUACAGAGCUUAGCAGUGCUGAGAGAUACAACCCCAGAACUAACCAGUGGUCUCCCGUGGUGGCCAUGACGUCCCGCAGGAGUGGAGUUGGUCUGGCAGUGGUCAACGGACAGCUCAUGGCAGUGGGAGGUUUUGAUGGCACUACAUACCUGAAGACCAUUGAAGUUUUCGACCCAGAUGCCAAUACUUGGAGGUUAUAUGGAGGGAUGAAUUAUCGUCGGCUAGGAGGUGGCGUAGGAGUUAUUAAAAUGACACACUGUGAAUCCCAUAUAUGGUGAACACAGGAAAAAGUCUUGCAUAUGCUCCUUUAUAUUUGGAAGAGCCUUGACUUUGAAGCUUUGUACAGCUCGAGAAAACAUUAGAGCAAAUGUUCACUUUGCCGGUGCCUCAACAUACAGAACUACAAAUCUAACGACAGAACUCACCUGCAGACGCCACCUUUGCACAACACCUUUCUGCUCUCCGCAGAGAGCGUUUAUUUUGGGCUUUAAUUUAUCAUGGAGUUUUGAUGGUGAUUUGUUUUUGUUUUGUUGGUUGGGUUGUUUUGGGUUUUUGGGGUUUUUGUUUUGUUUUGUUUUUUAACUUAUCUUUUGUACCAGAGGGGGCAAAAAGGAGAAAAAAAUUCCAAGCUGCAAAAUUUAUUUUGCUUUCUAGGUUUGGUUUCGUUUUUGAAAAUAUUGAUAAGGGCAGAAGGGCUAUGGUUACUCCAAUUAGAUACUGUCCAUCUACAAAGAUUGCCAGUGAUAAAGACAGAUAUGCAAAGUAUACUCACUAGUUACUAUUCUUGCACUAAAUAUUAGAGCACUCCGAAAUGUAAAGGGACUGGAAACGGUCCUGCGGGAGUUGUGUGCUGCUUUUGCAGAGGACCCAAGUUCAGUUCGCAGCACCCACAUCUGGCAGCUAGGUCAGUGGUUCUCAACCUCCCUAAUGCUGCAAU